AAGGUAUUUUCUGUAGAAAGGUUUAAGAAGUUCGUCUUCAUCAAUCAAUUCCGACGUUUGGGCCUCUCCUUCUCUAGAGACGAACAGACGGUGGGGGCAAGCAGCCUGAGAUAUCCAAGGUAAUCAAGCAGUUAGAACUUUUCUGCUUUGAAAUCUUUGCCUACAAGCUCAAUUUUCUCCAUAAAAUGGCAUUGGUUGUGGUCUGUGGCCAGCCAUGCAGUGGGAAGUCCACUGCGGCACUCUGCUUAGCUGAAGCUCUCAAGGAAUCAAAUGUAAAACAAGCUGUAAAGAUAAUCAAUGAAACUUCUUUUCAUCUCGACCGCAAUCAGAGCUAUGCCGAUAUGCCUGCCGAAAAGAAUUUAAGAGGAGUUCUCAGAUCUGAAGUCGACCGAUCUGUAUCGGAAGACAACAUUGUCAUUGUAGACUCUUUGAAUAGUAUAAAGGGUUAUAGGUACGAGCUGUGGUGUUUGGCUCGUGGAGCUGGAAUUAGGUACUGUGUUCUGUACUGUGAUGUAGAAGAAACACAUUGUAGGAAGUGGAACGACGAGCGGCGAGAGAACGGAGAAGCUAACUACGAUGAUAAGAUAUUUGAAGAUCUGGUGAGAAGGUUUGAGAGACCAAUCAGUAGGAAUAGAUGGGACUCGCCAUUGUUCGAGUUGUUGCCACAUAAAGAUGGAAUAGAGAAAUCAUCUACUGUCAUUCGAGAUGCCGUAUCAUACUUGACAAAAGAGGUCGACUCGAAGUCGAGGGAUGUAAAGAUCUUACAGCCAACGAUCGCGACUCGGAGUACUCGAUUAUCGGAGGCGAAUUCUUUGUAUGAGUUGGACAAAGCAACACACGAAGUGGUUAAUGCUAUAGUAGAAGCGCAAGGCCAAGCAAUGGGAGGACCUCUGAAUGGUGUCCCUCUGGGUCAGGAUUUGCCGACCAUCAAUAUUUCAAAGUCGGUCGGCCUUCCCGAGCUUCGGAGGCUACGGAGAACGUUCAUUAAACUAACAGGGCAAACUAGUUUAAGUGGACCACCGCCACCUUGUGAUGCAGCAAGUGCUAAGAGGAUGUUUGUUGACUACCUGAAUAGGGAACUGGGGACAGCUUGAACCAGAUUAACCUGAAUGAUACUCAGAGUUCCUGUUUGUUUUGGGUUGAGUUCAACAAUGUUUGUGAUCGAGGAGGGUUCAAAUCUUCGAUCUUUUCGUUAAGAUUAUAUGUCUUAACUAGUUGAGUUUUAUUUUGGAUUGAGUUCAAUAAUGUUUGGGAUUGAAGAGGAGGGUUCGAAUCUCUGACCCUUUCGUCAAGAUUAUGUCUUAACUAGUUGAGUUAAGGAACUUGGGUGUGUGUCUUUGUCGAAAUGAAAUGGCCUUAUCUUUUAUUA